AUGAAGCAGCCUCGCUCAUGGUUCACUCUUCUCACCUCCUCUAACACGGUCUUCGCUCUCGGUAAUGCAACCCGAUCAAAUGUUUUCUUUCUUUCACUCUUUCCCUCUCUCUCACACACAUGUCAUUCGGUGCUGCCAUCCGCGUAGCCCAUUUUGUCAAGCAGAAAUAGUAAAGCAUCUGCAUGUGACACCAGCUCUUAGUAUGAUCUGGCACGAUGUUUGAGGUUUUUCCUGCGCACUGAGUCACUGCAGCCAGAAUUAGUUGGUUUGGAUAAAAAUAUUACCUUAGUUUUGUUGGUCACCUCUCUCUUAUAUGUUUGUUUAAUAGAGGGUUAUUAUAGAUUUUUAAAAUUUGUAGGCAACGAGGAUGGACCGCACAACACGGUAGAGGCUCUAACUGCAAAGGAGGUUCAGCUGACUCUACAAGUGACGCGAAAUCUUGGGCUUGGUCAUCCAAGGGCCCAGUGGAAACGCUCAGUUGGAUUCAUGGAGCAGUCAGCAUUUACAUGUAACUGUCAGCAUUUUUGA